GAAUCUAUGGUUCAUUUAUUUUCUUCUAUAGGCUUUCAUUCUGUGGUUUUCGUUUUCGUCACUUUAUUUUCUUACCAGUCUUUCUUAAUUUUAAUUAAGAAUAAUGGCAGUCACAAAUGCUGGUGCCAAGGGACCGAAGAAACAGCAAAUCCGAGGAAAAGGCACAAAGAAAUCAAAAAAGAAGGAAUCCAAACGUUUUGUAAUAGAUUGCACUCAUCCAGGUGAAGACAAUAUAAUGGAUGUUGCUAAUUUUGAAAAGUACUUGUUAGAUCGUAUUAAAGUUAAUGGAAAGACAGGUAAUUUAGGCAACAACGUCAGUCUUGUAAGAGAGAAGAAUACAAAGAUCGUUGUCACUUCAGACAUACCAUUCUCUAAACGCUAUUUGAAAUACUUGACAAAGAAAUACCUUAAGAAGAAUAGUCUUCGUGAUUGGGUACGAGUUGUUGCUAGUGGAAAAGAAAACUAUGAACUUCGUUACUUCCAGAUUAACAACCAAGAAGAUGAUGAUGAUGAGGAUAACGAAUAAGCUCAUUAGAUUGGUAAUAACAAAAUAAAAAAGAAAACUACU